CUUGUUGCGAAAAAUGACACCAACAACACGGAUGAACAAAUUAUUGUUAAUGGAAAUAUUGGUAAUUAUUGUCUUGUUGAUUGGAGUGGUGGCAAGAUGUGAUUCAAAAUCGCAAAACAUGUUGCAAUUUAUGAUUCCGACGAGUGAUGGAACUGCCAAGUUGAAUACUAUCGUGUCGUAUCCUGAUCCUGAUUUGAAUGCAGAUAAGCCACAUGAUCUUGUCUUUGAGAGAACACCGUAUGGUCAAGGAAGAUUGAGUGAUGAUAGAAUGGUUCUAAAUUCAGCUCAGUAUUUGUAUGCUGGACAAGAUUUGAGAGGUUGUCACAAUAGUACUGGUGAAUAUGAUAUGUGGAGAUCUGAAUGGCAAGAUUCACAAUCUACCAUUCAAUAUCUUUCCAAAAAUCUAAAAGGAUUUUCUGGUAAUGUGUUUUCUGUUGGUGCCUCAGCAAAUGCAAUUGCUUCCUAUUUCCAAACAAGAGAAAAAGUUGAUUGGUUGAAAGGUCAAUGUUUACUUGUUGGUACGGCUGAUGUUUAUAACUUUGUUUUCCAAGGAGGAGCUUUCAGGCAACAGGAUUUGACCUAUUGGUUAAAGUUUUAUGCCUAUCAACCACAAUUUGUUCAAAAAGUUUUAGAUCAUGAAAGUUAUAGUGAAUUUUGGGAACCUGUCACAUUGAAGAGUGGUGAAAAUGUCACUUUCCCUUCUUUGCAUAUUUCUGGAUGGGCUGAUUUGUUCCUUAAUGGAACCUUAAACGCAUUUGAUAUGUAUAGAAAGAAUAGACCUAAUGACACCUAUCUCAUUGUGUUACCAACUGGACAUUGUACAAAAUCUCAAAUUUCCUUCCCAGGUACUGAUUUAAUGUUGCAUCCUGAAAUAUUUUGUCCAUACUUGUUCAAGUAUGGAUCUCUUCCAUCUCUUGAUUAUGUCACUUUCUAUAUGAUGGGUCCUGAUUCUGUAGAGUCUGGUACAAUGGGUAAUUUCUAUGUUACAAUGAAGGAUUUCCCAGAAACUCGUCCAAUUGAAUUUGUGUUGACAUCUAAUCAAAAAUUGCAAGCUGCUUCCAAUCAAGAUUCCAUGACCUACUUUGGAAAACCAAGAGUUCAAACUAAUCCAGGUAAAAUUCCAUACGUUUACAAUCCAAGUAAUCCAACUCCAACGAUUGGAGGUAAUAAUUUAAUGAUUCCAACUUGUGGACCAUACGAUCAAAGAGAAAAUGAGAAAAGAUCAGAUAACAUCUUAUUUACAUCUGAUACAUUUAAGGAUCAAAUGUUUAUUGUUGGAAGAAUGUCUGUAUCUUUUAAGGUUUCAAGCAAUUGUACUGAUACUGAUUUUGUUGUUAGAUUUUCAGAUGUAUAUCCAGAUGGUAGAUCCAUGUUGUUGGGAGAUUCCAUUUUGAGAAUGCGUUGGAGAGAGAGCAAUGUGAAAAAGACAUUGAUGGAGCCAGGAACAAUCUAUCCAAUUACUAUUUCCAUGUGGCCAACUGCUUACAUUUUCAAUCCAGGACAUGCAAUGAGAAUUACCAUCACUAGUAGCAACUCUCCAAGAUUCAGCAUCAAUCCAAACAAUGGAUUAAAUUUGAAUCAAACAGGACCACAACAAAUUGCCCUGAAUACUUUAUUCAUUGAUGACUCGGCAGUUUUCACCUUACCUCUUGUGAAAAAACCAUUCAUGUUGAAUAAGGCCAAAGUUGAUAUGAAGGGAGUUUUUUCUAAGAUAUAUAAACAGCCUUAAGCUUUGUUUU